CUACUACUUCUACCACCAGCACAUCCAUUCACUGGAACAUCAGCCAGAACAGAGGGAAGCAUGCUGGACCACCUCCUAGGCAGACCCAGCACAUCCUGGCGCAAGACACAAGUCCUGGGCACAUCCCUCUUCUGGCUCAUCUACGCCAACCGCUCAAACCCAAAUGGACCACCCAUGAUCCGCGCACUCAGCGCAAGACUCCAACGCGCCCUCACGCCCUGGCAACUCCUCCUCAUCAUCCUCAACCUCAGCUACGUUGUACGUCACCUCGACGCAAUUGUAGGUCUAGCAGCACCGGAACCCCUGGCGCACAUGUACUCUGCCAGUUUCUUUCGCGCUACAUGGCUCUUGACUGCGCUGGAUGCUGGGUUUUGGACAGCCAUGCCAUUACGACCUGCUUGGCUGCGUCACCUAUUUUCACUCUUGUUUUCACUCUACUACCUCUUGUUUGCACAAAAAGCAGAUGAAAAAGUGCGCAAGAUUAAAGCAACCAUCACUACGGAGCAAUUGCGCGUGUCGUGGGAAAAGAAUAGUACGCCCAUUCUAGGAACAGUCUUGAAACUGUUACGUCCACGUAUCAAGAUUGUGCGAAAAUUGGAGAUUCCUCGCGCUCACGGCGCACCUGUUAAGGCAUGGCUCUACUUUGACGGCACAGAGGAAGCCUUGUGCCUUCAAGAAAAAGUCGUCAUUUCCUUUCCUGGUGGUGGGUUUGUGAGUAUGUCUCCUCGAGAACACGAUGAUGCACACAUGUCGUGGGCCAAAAAGUUGCAGGUACCCCUGAUUUCUAUUGACUACAGCAAAGCGCCUGAAAAGCGAUACCCAUACGCCAUUCAUGAAUGUUUGGAUGCAUACAAGGCGAUUAUGUGUACGAAAGGUGCCGGAUUGGGUAUUGGCAUGUCGCGUGUUCGGAAAUGUGCAUUGGUGGGUGAUUCUGCUGGUGGCAACUAUGUCUCUGCCGUCACAAUCUUGAUUCUGGAACAUAAUGCGCAUGCGGCGCACAGAGAUAAGAUUCCAGUGCCGGAUGGAUUGGUCCUCAUCUACCCAUUCCUUGACUUUAACAUUACAAGUUGGAUGACGGCGGAUCAUUUGCGAUUAUUGAGACAGGAAUCUCAUGGAGAACUCGGUGCCAUGGCCUCAAAACGACAGCACGAACGUCGUAAGAGUGUCCUCCAAGUCUUCCCGGACGAACGCGUGCAAGACGCCGGGAAAUCUUCCAAUGGCGCUAAACUCGUCAUGACUUCACGCGUGUCGUUUUUCCAAGAUCGCAUUAUUUCAGCAGAUAUGAUGCGUGCUAUGGCUUUGCUGUAUGUCGGGCCGGACAAUAAGCCAGACUUUGAGACAGACUAUCUUCUCUCACCCAUUCGCGCACCGACCGAUAUUCUCGCAAAGUUCCCAAAGACCUUCUUUUUAUGUGGCGAGGUUGAUCCAUUUGCAGAUGACACAAUCAUCAUGGCAGGUCGUAUUCGAGAAGCCAAAAGAGCCGCUGCGCAACGUCGUCGUGAUAUCUCCAUGUCCUCUGCCACAGCAAACGUCGAUGAACGACAAUACGUUGAAAUGACACUCGUCCGUGGUAUUUCCCAUGGAUUCCUUCAGAUGCGUGCUAUUCUACCGGAAGCUCGAAAUUCCAUUGCUCGGUGUCGUUCGUGGAUGGAGGAAAUUUUGGAGGAUGAUGUUGCCCUUCAACUCUCGAAACGUAUCCGACGAUCUCGUUCAACAGAUCAGAAGAUUAUGUUCACCACGGGUGCCGACCCAGAUGAAGAGGGUGGGAGUGCGAGUGAGCCUGCAUCGCCUGCAUUUGCAGCCUUACAGAUGGAUGCAGGACAAGUUGGAAGUCGACCGAGUAGUAGUAGCAGUAUGUCGAUGCCUGUCAUGACACCUGCUCAGCCUCGUCGGACUGAGAAGCGUGGAGGAGGUGGUGUUCUUGCAGGGGAAGCUGGGAAGGGUGCACAUCGGCCCUGGGAGACGAAGCAUCUAUUGGACCAGGAUGAAUUGUUGGCGAAUCGUCGUGAUCAAAUCACGCGCGGGAUUGCAGGGAGUAUGAGGAGCUGAAGUCUAGCAGCAGCAGUAGCAGUAGCAAGUCCAUCUAUUUCAACUAUUUGGC